AGGCAGGGGCUGGUCAGAUGCAUGUGCCACACUCCGUGCACAGCCUGGAAUUGAGAGGUGAACUCCCAAGCCACAGGAUGACAGAAGAUAAGGUCACUGGGACCUUGAUUUUCACAGUCUUUACUGCUGUGCUGGGUUCCUUCCAGUUUGGAUAUGACAUUGGUGUGAUCAAUGCUCCUCAACAGAUAAUAAUAUCCCAUUACAGACAGGUUUUGGGUGUUCCACUGGAUGACCGAAAGGCUGUCGGCAGCUAUGCUCUCAACAGCACAAAUGAACUGCCCACAAUCCCAAUGCACCCAACACCAACCCCUUUGGCUGAGGAAUUAACUAUGGCAUCUGCUAACCUAAUCACCAUGCUCUGGUCCCUGUCUGUGUCCAGUUUUGCAAUUGGUGGAAUGAUUGCAUCAUUCUUUGGUGGGUUGCUUGGGGAUAUGUUUGGAAGAACAAAAGCCAUGUUGUUGGCAAACAGUCUCUCAUUAAUUGGAGCUCUCUUGAUGGGCUUUUCAAAAAUGGGACCAUCUCAUAUACUUAUAAUUGCAGGAAGAGGUAUAUCAGGACUCUACUGCGGGCUAAUUUCAGGCCUGGUUCCAAUGUACAUUGGUGAAAUUGCUCCAACCUCUCUCAGGGGUGCUCUUGGCACUCUUCACCAGCUGGCCCUUGUCACAGGCAUUCUGAUUAGUCAGAUUGUUGGCCUUGACUUUAUCCUGGGCAGUUAUGAUCUGUGGCAUAUCCUGCUUGGUCUGUCUGCUGUGCCAGCCACCCUCCAAUCUCUGCUACUCGUCUUCUGUCCAGAAAGUCCCAGAUACCUUUACAUCAAGUUAGAUGAGGAAGUCAAAGCAAAGAAAAGCUUGAAAAGACUCAGAGGAUAUGAUGAUGUCACCAAAGACAUUAAUGAAAUGAGAAAAGAAAGGGAAGAAGCAUCGAGUGAGCAGAAAGUCUCCAUAAUUCAGCUCUUCACUAAUUCCAACUACCGGCAGCCUAUUCUAGUGGCCCUGAUGCUGCACAUGGCUCAGCAGUUUUCUGGGAUCAACGGGAUCUUUUACUACUCAACCAGCAUUUUUCAGACAGCCGGUAUCAGCCAACCUGUUUAUGCAACUAUUGGAGUUGGUGUUAUCAAUACGGUUUUCACUGCUGUCUCUGUGUUCCUUGUGGAGAAGGCAGGGCGGCGCUCCCUGUUUCUGAUUGGAAUGAGCGGGAUGUUUGUCUGCGCCAUCUUCAUGUCAGUUGGACUCGUGCUGCUGGAUAAGUUUGCUUGGAUGAGCUACGUGAGCAUGAUAGCCAUCUUCCUCUUUGUCAGUUUCUUUGAAAUUGGGCCAGGGCCAAUCCCCUGGUUCAUGGUGGCUGAGUUUUUCAGCCAAGGACCACGUCCUGCUGCCUUGGCAAUUGCUGCAUUCAGCAACUGGACCUGCAAUUUCAUUAUAGCUCUGUGUUUCCAGUACAUUGCAGACUUCUGCGGACCGUAUGUGUUUUUCCUCUUUGCUGGAGUGGUCCUGGCCUUUACCCUGUUUACAUUUUUCAAAGUUCCAGAAACCAAAGGAAAGUCUUUUGAGGAAAUUGCUGCAGAAUUCAAAAAGAAGAGUGGCUCAGCACAAGGGUCCAAAGCUGCUGUAGAAAUGAAAUUCCUUGGAGCAACAGAGGCUGUGUGAAGAUAGCAAGCUUUUUGGCAUAAACAGAGGCAAUCAGGGAAUUGUGACCUUGUGCUUUUAAAUAACGAUUCCUUGAGAAUUUUACAUCCACAUCUUGAAGUAUUAUCUGAUUUUUUAAAGAGCUUUUAUGGGCUCUGAUAAGAAUUGUCAUCAAACAUCACCAAAGAAAGUAUUUUUUAAAGCUGGAGAAUAUAUUUUCUCUCACUUUAAAACUGAAUAUUAAUCACAGCCUUACUGUCAUUAAGUAAAGCAAAAUGGCCCGCUCCUUUUGUGACACUAAAGGGCAAGUGCCUUACAAUAUUCCUGGCUCUGUUUUCUAUAGCAUUUCUCCCGAAAUUGAAGAGGUUUCAAUAUCCUGUACUGUUGCUUUUUUAAAUACACGACUAGAAACCUGAAGAUACAACUGAUAUUUACAUAUU